AUGCUCCGCCUCGCUCCACUCCUCCUCGCGACAUGUGGGGCGCGUGCACCGCUCGGCGGAAGGGGGACCUCGCUCCGUCCCUUCGGCGCGUUGUCGCUCUCAGGAGGGGCCCUGCCCGCGCGCCGAGCCUCCGCGCCGCUCGUGCUCUGCGCCCCGGCCGCCACCGCGCCGCCCGCAGUCGCCCUCCGCCGCCUCGAGCGCAGCGACAUCUGGGCUGCCUCCGCGCUGCUUGCGGAGGUCUUCAGUAGCGAGCUCGGCCCGGUGCAGAGGCAGCUGGUCCAGCUCGAGCACGUCGUCGGCAUCGGAGGGAGGCACGGCCGCACCGCUCUCUUCGUCGCAGAGGAGCGGCGCGGCGGGCGAAGCCGCCUCGAGUACCUCUCCGCGUCGCUGCCGCCCGGCUCGCCCGCCGUGCUCGCCGGCCGGCUCAAGCCAUACGUCGCCUCGCUGGCGGUGCGGCAGGCGGCGCGCGGGCGCGGGCUCGGGGCGGAGCUCGUGCGCGCGUGCGAGGCUGCGGCGGCGGGCAAGGGGCAACGGAUCGUGCAGAUCCAGGUCGAGUCGACCAACGAGGUUGCACUGAGGCUGUAUGCGCGGCUGGGGUACCGGGUGGUGGCGAUGGACACGCGGGCGCGCAAGCUGGUGGGCGACGUCUUCUUUGGGGAGUCCGUCCUCUUCACCAAGCUCACGCUCGAAAAGACGCUUGGCGGCGACGCGACAUGA